AGGGAGGGAUAAUGAUGAGAAUUAUGGGUGUAUAUGUCCUGGUUGUGGAAUCUUUAUGCAGGAUGAAGACCCAAAUCAUCCUGGUUAUUACAAGAAAAAAAAGGUGGAAGAAAGUUUAGAGGAUUUUGUGGAUGAUGAGGAUGUUGUUGUUAGUGAAGGUGGGGAUAAUGAAGAAGAGGAGGAAUUUGGGGAUUUUAUCGAGGGGGAGUUGGAAGAAAGUGGAAGUGAAGAAAUGGGGUCAGGGAGUGAGGAUGGAUUUGAUGAUUGGGAUUCCGAGGAAUGGGAAUCGGGGUUGGAGGAAGACGAGGAUGAUUUGAAAGAGUUGGAUGGAUUUUUGCCAGCGGGUUUAGGUUAUGGUAACAUUACAGAGGAGGUUCUUGAGAAAGGAAAGAAGAAAAGGGUGUCGAAAUCGGAGAGGAAAAGGAUGGCGAGGGAAGCAGCUAAGGGAGAGAAAGAGGAGGUCACGGUUUGUGCUCGAUGUCAUUCGUUGCGGAACUAUGGACAAGUGAAGAAU